AUGGCUUCACUUUCUGACGAACAACUUAGAAAAGAAUUUCGUCGAAUAGAUAAAGACAAUGAUGGUUCAAUAACCGUUAAUGAAUUAAGAAAUUAUUAUAAACCAAUGCAAGAAAUGAUUGGCGUUUCACCAGAAAUGGCCGAACAAGAAAUUCAAGGUUUAAUCAAACGACUUGACAUUGAUAAUAGUGGUACAAUCAGUUUCGAAGAAUUCAAAUUGUUUUCUACAAGACGCUAA